AUGGGCAAGCUGGAGAAAUGGGAGUCCAAGUUCCACGGCGGGCCCAAGGAGGGAGGCGGGGAUGGCGCCACCUGGGCGGGCGUGGCCCAGGGCGAGGGCCAGGCGCCCGACGUGGGGGUCAGCCCCAUCGAUGAGCUCAACGCCAGGCUGCUGGACAACGUGCGACCGCUUGCGUGGCAGGACCCCGAGCCGGCGCCGAGGUACAACCUUGUUGUGGUGGGUGCAGGUGCAUCAGGCCUUGUGAGCGCGGCGGGUGCUGCCGGCGUUGGGGGCCGCGUGGCGCUGAUAGAGGAGAGCCUCCUGGGUGGCGACUGCCUGAAUGUGGGCUGUGUCCCUUCAAAGGCCUUGAUCCGCUGUGCAAAGGCUGUCCAUGAGGUUCGUUGCAGCGAGGCUUUCGGCGUGGAAAUUGAUGGCACGGUCCGAGCAAACUUUGGGAAGGUCAUGCAACGCAUGCGUCGGUUACGUGCCCAGAUCAGCAAGAACGACUCUGCGGAGCGCUUCACGUCCCUGGGAGUCGACGUCUUCCAGGGUCGAGCCAAGUUCAAUGGGCCUGAGUCGUUGGAAGUCAAUGGCAAGACGCUGAAGUUCUCCGCCGCUGUUGUGGCAACUGGUGGCAGGGCAGCCGUUCCGCCAAUCAAGGGCUUGAAGGACGUCCCUUACCUCACAAAUGCGAGUCUCUUCAAUUUGACGGAGCUGCCCCCCCGGCUGGCAGUCAUCGGUGGAGGGCCCAUCGGGAUGGAGCUCGCACAGGCGAUGUGCCGUUUCGGAAGUGAAGUGACGGUCCUCGACAUCGCCGAUCGUGUUCUUCUAAAAGAAGAGCGAGAUGCUGCUGACAUCGUCCUCAAGCAGGUUGAGGCAGAUGGUGUGAAGUUCAAGCUGCCGGUGGGCAUCCAGGAGGUGUCUCGAUUGGAAUCUGGGGAGAUCACCAUGAGCCUGGACUACAAGGGCAGCGCCGAGACGCUGGUUGUGGAUGCCGUCCUUGUGGCCACUGGAAGGGUCCCCAAUGUGGAGGGCAUGGGCCUCGAGGUGGCAGGCAUCAAGUACGACAAGCGCACCGGCAUCGAGGUGAACGACUUCCUCCAGACCACCAACAAGCGCGUCUUCGCCGCGGGCGACGUCUGCACGCUCUACAGGUUCACCCACGUGGGCGACUCCAUGGCCAGGACUGUCGUCCGGAACGCGCUGUUCUUCGGGCGGGGCAAGAUGUCCUCGCUGCUCAUCCCGUGGUGCACCUACACCGAGCCGGAGAUCGCACACGUCGGGAAGUACGAGCACGAGUUGGACGCGGCCGGUGUGCGGUACCAGAAGUUCAGGCGGGACCUGGCCGACGUGGAUCGCGCCAUCCUGGAUGGCGCCGACGAGGGUUACGUAACCGUCCUGACCAAGGAGGGCUCGGACCAGAUCUUGGGCGCCACCGUCGUGGCCGCGGACGCCGGCAACAUGAUCUCGGAGGUCACGGUGGCCAUGCAGGCGGGCAUGGGCCUGGGGGCCCUGGCGAGCGUCAUCCACCCCUACCCCACGCAGGCCGAGGCCAUCCGGCAGUGCGGCGACCAGUACAACAGAACGCGCCUCACUCCCGUCGUCAAGACCGUCUUCAACGCUGUGCUCAGCUUGAAGCGGCGGUGA